CAGACUCAGCAGAGAACAGAAGGGAGAUUCAGGCCUCCUGAAUGGCUUUCAGAAUUGAGUCCAGAACAACAAUGGCUCCUUGGCCUGAGUUGGAAAGUGUCCAUCCACACCCCACUGAAGGGGCCACUAGUCAGCAGUCUGCCACACCUGCAAAAGGCGAAGAGACCAAUAAAAAUGCCUUUGGAAGCCCUGUGACUGAAAUGGAUCUGUCUUCGUUCGUCACUGUACCACUCAAUGAAGAGCCUACAAAGGGGGAAGACACCUGGGACCUGCCUGUACUUCAGGACACGGGGAUCACAUGGUCAGAGAGAGACACCAAAGGGAAGAUUCUAUGUGUAUUCCAAGGGAUUGGGAAAUUCAUUUUCCUUCUGGGAUUUCUCUACUUGUUCGUGUGCUCCUUGGAUGUCCUCAGCAGUGCUUUCCAGCUGGUUGGAGGAAAAGUAGCUGGGAAGUUCCUCAGAAGCAACAUCUUGCUGUCCAACCCUGUGGUGGGGCUGGUGAUCGGGGUGUUGGUGACCGUCAUGGUGCAGAGCUCCAGCACCUCCUCAUCCAUCAUCGUCAGCAUGGUGGCCUCCUCAUUGUUGACUGUGCGAGCUGCCAUCCCCAUCAUCAUGGGGGCCAACAUUGGAACCACCAUUACCAACACCAUCGUGGCACUCAUGCAGGCAGGAGACCGGAACAAGUUCCGAAGGGCUCUUGCAGGGGCCACUGUCCACGAUUUCUUCAACUGGCUCUCUGUGUUCGUGCUCUUGCCCCUGGAGGCUGCCACCCAUUACCUAGAGAUCCUGACCAACUUUGUGGUGGAGACUUUCCACUUCAAGAAUGGUGAAGACGCUCCAGAUCUUCUGAAAGUCAUCACAGAUCCCUUCACAAAGCUCAUUAUCCAGCUGGAUAAAAAAGUUAUCAACCAAAUUGCGAUGAAGGAUGAAACAGCCCCAAACAAGAGUCUUGUCAAGAUUUGGUGCCACACUUUCACCAAAGUGACUGAGAUGAAUGUCACCGUUCCCUCACCUGAGAACUGCACUUCCCCUUCCCUCUGUUUCACGGAUGGUCUCCAAUUCUGGACCACGAAGAACGUGACCUACAAGGAGAACAUCGCCAAAUGUCAGCACAUCUUUGUGAAUUUCAACCUCCCAGAUGUUGCCACUGGCGUUAUCCUGCUGAUAACCUCCUUGUUGGUCCUCUGCACCUGCCUGGUCAUGAUUGUCAAGCUCCUUAACUCUGUGCUCAAGGGACAGGUCGCAAGUGUCAUCAAGAAGACCCUCAACACUGAUUUCCCCUUUCCCUUUGCCUGGUUGACUGGCUACCUGGCCAUCUUCGUAGGGGCAGGAAUGACCUUCCUCAUGCAGAGCAGCUCUGUGUUCACGUCUGCCAUGACCCCACUGAUUGGCAUCGGUGUGAUAACCAUUGAGAGGGCAUACCCACUCACGCUGGGCUCCAACAUUGGCACCACCACCACUGCCAUCCUGGCUGCUUUAGCCAGCCCAGGCAGUACCUUGAAGAGUUCGCUCCAGAUUGCCCUGUGCCACUUCUUCUUCAACAUCUCUGGCAUCUUGCUGUGGUACCCGAUCCCACUCACCCGCCUGCCUAUCCGCCUGGCCAAGGGGCUGGGCAAAAUCUCUGCCAAGUACCGUUGGUUUGCUAUCUUCUACAUGGUCUUCUUCUUCUUCCUUAUCCCACUGACAGUGUUUGGCCUCUCGCUGGCUGGCUGGCAAGUGCUGGUGGGUGUAGGGGUGCCCAUCAUCUUCCUGCUGAUCCUGGUGGUGUUCAUCGGGCUCUUGCAGUCCCGCUGCCCAUGGAUCCUGCCCCGCAAGCUCCAGAACUGGGACUUCCUGCCCCUGUGGAUGCACUCGCUGAAGCCUUGGGAUUACCUCAUCUCCCUGCUUACCAACUGCUGCCAGAGACGCUGCUGCUGCUGCUGCCGUGUGUGUUGCCUGUUGCGUGGCUGCCCUAAGUGCUGUGAGGACCUGGAGGAGGGGCAGGAGCACCCUAAAGACAUCCCCAUCAAGGCCCCUGAUGCCUUCGAUAACAUAGCCAUGAGCAGAGAAGCCCAGGAUGAGGUCAAGUCCCAAGUCAAUACCAUGGGUGUGAAGACCAUCUCCAACAGCACAGCCCUUUAG